AUCAUGACCCAAACAAAUCCAUAAGAUUUCACUGGAGAGCACCAAAUUCAGUUGUGAGAACGAAGAAGAAGAAGAAGAAGAAGAAGAAGAAGAAGAAGAAGAAGAAGAAGCAGAAAAGAAGUAAUAAAAAUGGCAUCUUUGGCACAACAAUUAGCAGGAGGUUUAAGUUUAAGAUGCCCACCACUCUCAAAUUCUCACCUUUCAAAACCCUUUUCAUCCAAACACGCCCUUAAACCUCGGGCUUCACCAAUUGUUUCAGCAGUUGCUGUGUCAAAUGCUCAGACAAGAGAAAGGGCAAAGUUGAAGCAGCUCUUUGAAGAUGCUUAUGAACGGUGUCGUAUUGCCCCUACUCAAGGUGUUGCCUUUACUCUUGAAGAUUUUCAUACUGCUCUUGAUAAGUAUGACUUCAAUUCUGAAUUGGGUACCAGGGUCAAGGGUACAGUAUUCUGCACAGAUAACAAUGGAGCAUUAGUUGACAUAACUGCAAAAUCAUCAGCUUACUUGCCUCUCCAAGAAGCUUGUAUUCACCGAAUAAAACAUGUCGAGGAAGCUGGUAUAGUGCCAGGUCUGCGUGAUGAAUUUGUAAUCAUUGGUGAAAAUGAAGCAGAUGAUAGUUUAAUCUUAAGUUUAAGGUCAAUCCAGUAUGAGCUUGCAUGGGAAAGGUGUAGGCAGUUGCAAGCUGAAGAUGUUGUUGUUAAGGGGAAGAUUGUUGGGGCAAACAAAGGUGGAGUGGUAGCUCUAGUGGAGGGCCUCCGUGGCUUUGUUCCCUUUUCGCAAGUAUCAACGAAAUCUACUGCGGAAGAACUUCUUGAGAAAGAGCUCCCCUUAAAAUUUGUUGAGGUUGAUGAGGAACAAUCCAGGUUGGUACUCAGUAACCGCAAAGCCAUGGCUGACAGCCAGGCACAGCUUGGAAUUGGAUCAGUUGUUACAGGAUCUGUCCAAUCUCUCAAACCUUAUGGUGCCUUCAUUGAUAUUGGUGGAAUUAAUGGGCUCCUUCAUGUUAGUCAAAUUAGUCAUGACCGUGUUUCGGACAUUGCAACUGUCUUACAACCUGGUGACAUUUUGAAGGUCAUGAUUUUGAGCCAUGACCGUGAAAGAGGUAGAGUGAGUCUGUCGACAAAGAAGUUGGAGCCUACUCCUGGUGACAUGAUUCGUAACCCAAAGCUUGUCUUUGAGAAGGCUGAGGAAAUGGCUCAAACAUUCAGACAAAGGAUUGCACAGGCAGAAGCCAUGGCUCGUGCCGACAUGCUCAGAUUCCAGCCUGAGAGUGGUCUGACUCUCAGCUCAGAUGGAAUCUUAGGACCAGUAACUUCCGAUUUGCCACCAGAAGGUCUAGAUUUAAGUGCUGUUCCGGCUGCUGAACAAUCAUGAAAAUAGUUGUCCAACUCCGACCUGUCAGUUUUGAUUCUGUAUUUUAGUUGUAAUUAUAAUUUGUGGCAUCAUAUUCUUUCCGGCUGUAAUGUGAACCCGUCCAACCUUCUCUUCUAGCUGAUAAUUUGUCUUAAUGUUGUGCAAGUAUUCUUCUUGUUUGAGAUAAAAGAGUAUAAAUGCUGCUGAUUAUAUCUGAGAGAGAGAGACUAUGAAUCAGAUGGGGCCUUGGCAUCAUCUCAUUUACUUGUAUCCAUCGUGGGCAGCAGCAUCCCAACUAAAUAAUAGGAUUUGUACCUUGUGACUUUGAUGUUACAUAAUGUAUAACAGCUCCAAAAUAUUCAAAUGUA